AUGGCUUCUUGGAUUACAGCUCAGUUAAAAGCGGCCGAAGGUCUACUUGAAGCUGUGGACAAAACGGUUUCAAGGACUGUCGGAACUUUGGGCCUUGCAGAAGGCGAUGCGGAGCAACUGACGCCAGAGUAUGGAUUCUCUAGCACAUCGGUCAACCUUGCCCAAGCUUCAGCAGGAACCGGGAUCUAUCAGCAGUCUUAUUCCUCUAUGCCGGCUGGGUCUCUGGCAUACCAGACAUAUAGCAGCAACCUCGUAAGUUCGAAUGGGCCAGGCGCAGCCACCAGCUACUACACCGGCGUUACAGCAUCACCGCCCUGGGAAACCCGUCCAACGGCACCAGCGUAUGCUGUCUCGGGGCCCAGCUCUGGCCGCACGCUGACGGCGGCCAGCGAAAGUACCCCCGGCGGGGGUGGGUUCACGGUCAAGACGGAUGCACCAAUCCCAUUUGGGGGUCCCCCAGGCCCAGUGGCUCCGUCCACAGCUUCGUCGAGCGCGCCGGGGCCCAGCAGUCCCGGCUUUACCUGGAGUGGGCUACAAGCUAAGUUGCCUGGCAGCGAGGUGGAUCCCUCGAGCUCUCUCAGCAAGUCGACGGGACUGAUAGCCCCAGCAGCUACAGCCUCCGCGGCGCCCGCAGCAGCAGCAGCUCCGUUGGUCAGUGGACCGAGUGCGGCGGCAAGUCCUUUGAAUUCGGCUUUAAACGUGGCACCGGCGGUACCCAGCGGGCCAGGCGCGAGCGGUGCGAUGGCGGCGUCACCGCCGCAGCCGUCGUCGUCACUGCCAGCCGCCACUGAAGUACCUACGACGCGGGGGAGCUCCCCGCGACAAGAGGCCCCCGGGGAACAAGGCAGCCACCCACCGGUUGGCUCCUUGCAAAAAGGAGGAGCCUCCGCGGGGCCUUCACCGGCGCCGGCAUUGGCAUCUUCAUCGGCUCCAGGCCUCGCUUUUGAAGACCCAAGCUCAGAAACCCAAGCGGGGUCUUCAGAAGCGGGACCAGGCUCUGCGAAGAGCGACACUCCGCAGGCUCCAGGCUCACCAGUGGCGUCGGCUGUGACUGGUCCAAACCCUGCAGGACAGCCGCAGCAACAGCAACAACAGCAGCAGCAGCAUCAAACAGCCGGCGGAGGCGGCAGCGGUGCGAGCCCAGCUCCAGCGCCCGUGGUGGCCUUGGCGUCCGCCACGACCGCGGCCGCCUCUACGUUGGCCUCCGCCACCACCACCGCCGUCACACACUCCAUGUCGUUCUUCAAUUUGGUCUUCGAUGACCCGGACGCAGCGGCGGCAGCCGACGCAGGAGGCGGUGGCGGCUUUGCUGCCGCCGCCGCCUCCGGCGGCCCCGCCGCCGCCCCAGCACAGCAGCAAAUCCAGUCCCUGAGCCGCACCUGCGAUCAGCUGCGAAAACGGCUGGAGGCAUCCCGUGUUGAGAACGAGCAGUUGGAAGAUAUGUUGGCGCGGGCUGAGGUACGUGCGCAGCAGGAGGCUGCUUUGGUUUCGAGUCUGCGUGAGGAGCUGGCAGGGCUGCAGCAGGCACGUGCGACGGCGGAGAGCAGCCUGGCCGCCCAGCUGGCGGUGGCCAAGUCGUCGCUGUCAGAGGUGUCGGACAAGUACGAGGCCAGUCAGCGAACGGUGCUGGUGCUGGAGGGGCAGCUGGCUGCUCUGGAGGAGAGCAGCCGGAGGCUUCUGGAACAACACAGUGACCGGGAGGGCGGCAUGGUGGAAGCCCUGCGCUCCGAGCUGGCGGCCGCAGAGGCUCGUCUGGCGGCGGAGACCAAGGCCCACCAGGCCAGUCGUACCGCCGCAGCGGUUCGGGAGAUGGACCUGGAGCAGCAGAUUGCGGGGAGCACUGCCGCACUGGCGGGCCUGACUCGGAGCUUGGAGGAGGCCAACCGCAAGUGCAGAGGGCUAGAGGAGGAGGUGGUGGCGGCCACCCGGGGCCGGAACGAGCUAGCAGCGCAGGUCGCCGCCCUGCAGCUGCAGCUCACGGAUGCGGGCAUCGACGUACAGCUGGGGGCGGAGCACCCAGGUGGAGGAGGUGGAGGGGGAACCCCAGCUCGCGGUGGCGGCGGCGGCGCCGCCGCUGCAGCCAUGGCGGCGGAGCUGGAAGUUCUCCGCAGUGAGCUGGCUCAGCACCAGCGGGCCGCGGCGCUGGCGAGGCAGGCCGCUGAGGCUAGUCAGGCACAGGCGGCGGCGCUAGCCCAGGAGGUGGAGGCGCUGCGACUGAGUGCGGAGCAGCGCAAGGACACGGCCCAGUUGGAGGCCCAGCUGCGGGAGGUGUCCGACAUGCUCUACCUGAAGCAAACACAGAUGGAGCGGCUGGCAGCGGAGAAGGCGGCGCAGCAACUCAAAACGGAGCGGGAGCUGGAGAGCGUACGGCAGGAGCUGGCCAAGCUCAGCCGCCAAGCCGUACAACAAGGCGGUAUUGGUCGCGGCCUCGGUCACGGCGGCGGCGGCGUCGAUGGCUCUUCCCCACAUGACGUCAUCCCCAUGGACGCCUUGGGGGAGCCGUACCAGCGCCUGGUACGACACAACCGAGUGGGACGAGCCGUCAAGGCCGCAGCCAACUUUUUGGACUCCACGGCCUCCACCACGUCCUUCGUCCUUCGACAGUACCCUCUGGCUCGCGUGGCGGUGUUCCUGUACGCGGUGCUCAUCCACUUGUACGUGUACUUCCUCAUCGCGAGGAUGCAGCGCAUGGCGACGCACUACGAGGCCGCGGCAGUGGCGCCCACUGUGACGAAGUCAUUAUCAGCGGAAUUAUGUUAUCACAGUUUGCGGUGUUCCUCGGGCGUGCGUAUCUAG